AUGCAUCGAUACUCAUUCCCCCAUGAGCCCGUCGCUCACCCCGAAGCGAUCGUCGGCGGUACUGGGAAAUAUCGAUUUACAGUGCUGGCCGAUGGUCUGCUACGCUACGAAUGGGCUGAAGAUCAUCAGUUCGAGGACCGGGCAUCAGUGUUGGCAAUCAACCGACGCUUGCCAACUCCUCAGUUUCGAGUGAAAGACGAUAAAGAUUCUCUUCAGAUCAUCACUUCUCGAUUCCACCUCACCUAUAACAAAGGGACCUUCUCUGCAAGUGGUCUGAGUGCCUCUGUCAAAGGUCACUUUGGGCCUCAUUCCAGCGUCUGGCGAUAUGGAGUCCCAACAUCGAAUCUUGGUGGCACAGCUCGCACGCUGGACGAGAUUGAUGGGCGCACAGCGCUUGAGAACGGUGUCAUAUCCAGACAAGGCUUUGCAACUUUAGAUGACUCCAAAUCCAUGCUCUUUGAUGACAACCAAUGGGUGACUAUACGGCGACCAGGCAGCAGGGUGGAUGGAUACCUCUUCGCCUACGGGCAUGAUUAUCAACAAGCAAUUCAGGCAUUCUAUCGUCUUUCCGGACCUCAACCUCUUCUCCCUCGCUGGGCACUGGGAAACUGGUGGAGUCGAUAUCAUGCAUACACAUCAGAGGAAUAUCUUGAACUGAUGGUCAAGUUCGAGGAUAACAAAAUCCCACUUUCUGUUGCAGUCCUGGACAUGGACUGGCAUAUUGUCGAUGACCCUCGAGUCAAAGAAGCCGGAGUGACGGGCUGGACUGGGUACACAUGGAACAAAGAACUCUUCCCCGAUCCAAAAGCCUUCAUGGCAUCCCUGUCUGAGAAAGGUCUACGCGUUGCAUUGAAUGAUCAUCCUGCAGAUGGAGUUCAAAGCUAUGAAGAGCCUUACGAAGAGAUGGCGCUCGCGCUGAAUCACGACACAUCGAUGCGAGAUCCUAUUCCAUUUGACAUCACCAAUAAAGCCUUUGUUGAUGCGUUUUUUGAUGUCUUGCAUCGGAAGUUUGAGAAAGAAGGCCUUGACCUGUGGUGGGUGGAUUGGCAACAAGGAACACACUCUCGCAUCCCAGGCAUUGACCCUCUUUGGGUCUUGAAUCACUACCACUUCCUGGACAGUGCACUUGACAACAAGCGGCCGCUGACCUUCUCACGAUAUGCCGGACCCGGUAGCCAUCGCUUACCCGUUGGAUUCAGUGGAGACACUUACAUGACAUGGGAUUCUCUGAAAUUCCAGCCCGAGUUCACGGCCACUGCCUCAAACAUCGGCUAUGGCUGGUGGAGUCAUGAUAUCGGUGGCCACUUUCACGGCGAAAGAAGCGAGGAAAUGCUUAUUCGCUGGGUCCAACUUGGCACCUUCUCGCCCAUCUUGCGACUGCAUUCAUCCAACAAUAUGUUCAGCGUCAAGGAACCGUGGAACAUUUCAGAACCAUAUCAAUAUGUGAUGACACGGUAUCUCAACAUUCGCCAUCGACUAGUCCCAUAUCUGUACACGAUGAACGCCCGCGCGGCUAUUAAGGGCAUCCCUCUAGUCCGGCCCAUGUAUUGGGCCUACCCCGAGAUUGAAGAAGCCUACACCGUUCCCAAUCAGUACAUGUUCGGCUCCGAGCUCAUCAUUGCUCCUGUCACUGCUCCCGUUGACGCAAGUUCUCGGAGAUCGGAAGUUAUCGCCUGGCUUCCUCCUAGUCGAUAUGUGGACCUAUCCACUGGCAUAGUGUAUGAUGGAAACCGCCGCCUUCGACUUUAUCGUUCCAUCAACAAGUAUCCAAUCUUCGCACGGGAAGGCGCCAUCAUCCCAACAGACGGAUCCCUGGUGCUUCAAAAUGGCUGUGAGAACCCUCCUGUGAUUGAGCUCAUGGUAGUGGUUGGUGCCGACGGUCAAUUCGAGCUCCUAGAAGAUGACGGAAAAGGUCAAUCAGUGGACCAAGUCCAGUUCCGCCGCACUCCAAUCUCCUUCCAUCAAGACAGCGGCAAGUUGGUCAUCGGCCCCACAAUUGGUUGUAGUGAUCAAAAAUCCCAUACACGCCAGUGGAAUGUGCUACUUGUCGGAUACAAGGGACAUGGACAAGUACAGGUAUCCAUCAGUAUGGGCCGUGGCACUGGAGUCAAAACAGUUCAAGUUGAGGGAGACAAUAUGAUAAACAAACGUGGUCUUGUUCUCCAGUUGGGAUCAUUUCCCAGUCAUGCAGAGAUCACUGUUCAACUAGAGAGGGAUCCUGCACUUGAUGUGCAAGAGCCCGUAACUCAAAUCAUCAAGUUCUUACGCGAGGCCCAGAUGAACAUGGAUUGGAAGGAUAUUAUCAAAACCAUUGUUGACAGCCGCAAGUCCAAGCUGAUGCAGAUAAGCGAGUUGCAUGCUCUUCCCAUUCCUUGUCAUUUGUUGAAUCCUAUCUAUGAGAUACUGUUGGCGGACAAUCGUUCUUGUGGCCGGGAAAGCUAG